AUGGUCCAGGCCCCUCGGGCAUUCAGCACGUCUGUCGCGAUGAGGAAGUCGCCGACAGAGACGGUCAAGGAUGGGCUGAAGACGGUGGAUAGAGCCGUUACGGAUAACGUUGUUCUACCUGGUUUGGAAGCUGCCGCAACUGCUGGAAGCAAGAUCAAGCACGGGGCAGAGACGGUUGCUCAUGAGAGUAAAGGCAAGGCGGCGGAGAUGGAGGGCAAGGCGGAAGAAUUGAAGGGCAAGGCGAAGGGUGCCGCGGCAGAGGCCGAGGGCAAGGCGAAAGGGACGGCGGAGAAAAUCAAAAAUCAAUUGUGA